CCCGCCCCGCCCCGCCGCCGGGAGGGUCACAAUGUAGGGUUAGGGCGGCCGGCGGGCGGGGCUCUGCGGGGGAGGAGCCGCCGGGCGGGGGCGGGAGCGGGGGCGGGGACGGUGUGUGGGGGAGGGGAGGGAGCAGGACUCGCGGAGGGAGGAGGAUAGCGCCAUUCCGGGCGGCCGCUCCCUGCGUCCCCUCUCUCCCGUCCCUGCAGCGGCCGGUGAGCCCCGGCCAAGGAGCGCGCGAACGCGUGACGCUGCCCGGCUAGCUCGCGCCCUCCCGCGCCCCGGCGUCCGCCGCCCGCUCCUGGCCCGGGCCACCGCGGAGGAGCAGCGCUGAGGCGGGCCGCGUGGAGACGUGGGGCGGCCGCCGUGGCCCUCGCAGUGGGCGCUUCGCCGCCUGUCCGCGCUGCCCGCGCACCCCGGCCGCCAUCGGCUUCGCGCCUGGCUGGCGGGGGCGCUGUCCUCCCCGGCAGUCCGCGCCGCUCCCUGGAGCUCUGCGGAGCGCGGCAGCCAGGGCGGGCGGAGGCGCGAGGAGCCGGGCGCCGCUGCCGCCGCCGCCGCCGCCGCCGCGGGGGCCAUGACCGUGGAGCAGAACGUGCUGCAGCAGAGCGCGGCGCAGAAGCACCAGCAGACAUUUUUGAAUCAACUGAGAGAAAUUACCGGGAUUAAUGACACCCAGAUACUACAGCAAGCCUUGAAGGAUAGUAAUGGAAACUUGGAAUUAGCAGUGGCUUUCCUUACUGCGAAGAAUGCUAAGACCCCUCAGCAGGAGGAGACAACUUACUACCAAACAGCCCUUCCUGGCAAUGAUAGAUAUAUCAGUGUGGGAAGCCAAGCAGAUACAAAUGUGAUUGAUCUCACUGGAGAUGAUAAAGAUGAUCUUCAGAGAGCAAUUGCCUUGAGUUUGGCCGAAUCAAACAGGGCAUUCAGGGAGACUGGAAUAACUGAUGAGGAACAAGCCAUUAGCAGAGUUCUUGAAGCCAGCAUAGCAGAGAAUAAAGCAUGUUUGAAGAGGACACCUACAGAAGUUUGGAGGGAUUCUCGAAACCCUUAUGAUAGGAAAAGGCAGGACAAAGCUCCCGUUGGGCUGAAGAAUGUUGGCAAUACUUGUUGGUUUAGUGCUGUUAUCCAGUCAUUAUUCAAUCUUUUGGAAUUUAGAAGAUUAGUUCUGAAUUAUAAGCCUCCAUCAAAUGCUCAAGAUUUACCCCGAAACCAAAAGGAACAUCGGAAUUUGCCUUUUAUGCGUGAGCUGAGGUAUCUAUUUGCGCUUCUUGUUGGUACCAAAAGGAAAUAUGUUGAUCCAUCAAGAGCGGUUGAAAUUCUUAAGGAUGCUUUCAAAUCGAAUGACUCACAGCAGCAAGAUGUGAGUGAGUUUACACACAAAUUAUUAGAUUGGUUAGAAGAUGCCUUCCAAAUGAAAGCUGAAGAGGAGACGGAUGAAGAAAAGCCAAAGAACCCCAUGGUAGAGUUGUUCUAUGGAAGAUUCCUAGCUGUGGGAGUACUUGAAGGUAAAAAAUUUGAAAACACUGAAAUGUUUGGCCAGUACCCACUUCAAGUCAAUGGGUUCAAAGAUCUGCAUGAGUGCCUAGAAGCUGCAAUGAUUGAAGGAGAAAUUGAGUCUUUACAUUCAGAGAAUUCCGGAAAAUCAGGCCAAGAGCAUUGGUUUACUGAAUUACCACCUGUGUUAACAUUUGAAUUGUCAAGAUUUGAAUUUAAUCAGGCAUUGGGAAGACCAGAAAAAAUUCACAACAAAUUAGAAUUUCCCCAAGUUUUAUAUUUGGACAGAUACAUGCACAGAAACAGAGAAAUAACAAGAAUUAAGAGGGAAGAGAUCAAGAGACUGAAAGAUUACCUCACAGUGUUACAACAAAGGCUAGAAAGAUAUUUAAGCUAUGGUUCCGGUCCCAAACGAUUCCCAUUGGUAGAUGUUCUUCAGUAUGCAUUGGAAUUUGCUUCAAGUAAACCUGUUUGCACUUCUCCUGUUGAUGAUAUUGAUGCUAGUUCCCCACCUAGUGGUUCCAUACCAUCACAGACAUUACCAAGCACAACAGAACAACAGGGAGCCCCGUCUUCAGAACUGCCAAGCACAUCACCUUCAUCAGUUGCUGCCAUUUCAUCGAGAUCAGUAAUACACAAACCAUUCACUCAGUCCCGGAUACCUCCAGAUUUGCCUAUGCAUCCAGCACCAAGGCACAUAACAGAAGAAGAACUUUCUGUGCUGGAAAGUUGUUUACAUCGCUGGAGGACAGAAAUAGAAAAUGACACCAGAGAUUUGCAGGAAAGCAUAUCCAGAAUCCAUCGAACAAUUGAACUAAUGUACUCGGACAAAUCUAUGAUACAAGUUCCUUAUCGAUUACAUGCUGUUUUAGUUCAUGAAGGCCAAGCUAAUGCUGGGCACUACUGGGCAUAUAUUUUUGAUCAUCGUGAAAGCAGGUGGAUGAAGUACAAUGAUAUUGCUGUGACAAAGUCAUCAUGGGAAGAGCUAGUGAGGGACUCAUUUGGUGGUUAUAGAAAUGCCAGUGCAUACUGUUUAAUGUACAUAAAUGAUAAGGCACAGUUCUUAAUACAAGUUUUUGAAAUACGAUUUGCAGAGGAGUUUAAUAAAGAAACUGGGCAGCCCCUUGUUGGUAUAGAAACAUUACCACCAGAUUUGAGAGAUUUUGUUGAGGAAGACAACCAACGAUUUGAAAAAGAACUAGAAGAAUGGGAUGCACAACUUGCACAGAAAGCUUUGCAGGAAAAGCUUUUAGCAUCUCAGAAAUUGAAAGAGUCAGAGACUUCUGUGACAACAGCACAAGCAGCAGGAGACCCAGAAUAUCUAGAGCAGCCAUCAAGAAGUGAUUUCUCAAAGCACUUGAAAGAAGAGACUAUUCGAGUAAUUACCAAAGCGUCACAUGAGCAUGAAGAUAAAAGUCCUGAAACAAUUUUGCAGUCGAAACCUGAAAAUACUACAAGCCAACCACUUUCUAAUCAGCGAGUUGUUGAGGUGGCGAUCCCUCAUGUAGGGAAAUUUAUGGUUGAAUCAAAGGAGGGGGGGUAUGAUGACGAGAUCAUGAUGACACCGAACAUGCAAGGUAUUAUCAUGGCGAUAGGUAAAUCCAGGAGUGUAUAUGACAGGUGUGGUCCUGAAGCAGGGUUCUUUAAGGCAAUUAAGUUGGAAUAUGCAAGGUUGGUUAAGUUGGCCCAGGAAGACACCCCACCAGAAACUGAUUAUCGUUUACAUCAUGUAGUGGUCUACUUUAUCCAGAACCAGGCACCAAAGAAAAUUAUUGAGAAAACAUUGCUAGAACAAUUUGGAGAUAGAAACUUGAGUUUUGAUGAAAGGUGUCACAACAUAAUGAAAGUUGCGCAAGCCAAAUUGGAAAUGAUAAAACCUGAAGAAGUGAACUUGGAGGAGUAUGAGGAGUGGCAUCAGCAUUAUAGGAAAUUCAGGGAAACAACUAUGUAUCUCAUAAUUGGGCUAGAAAAUUUUCAAAGAGAAAGUUAUAUAGAUUCCUUGCUGUUCCUCAUCUGUGCUUAUCAGAAUAACAAAGAACUCUUGUCUAAAGGCUUAUACAGAGGACAUGAUGAAGAAUUGAUAUCACAUUAUAGGAGAGAAUGUUUACUAAAAUUAAAUGAGCAAGCCGCAGAACUCUUUGAAUCUGGAGAGGAUAGAGAAGUAAACAAUGGUCUGAUUAUAAUGAAUGAGUUUAUUGUCCCAUUUUUGCCAUUAUUACUGGUGGAUGAAAUGGAAGAGAAGGAUAUACUAGCUGUGGAAGAUAUGAGAAAUCGAUGGUGUUCCUAUCUUGGUCAAGAAAUGGAAUCACACCUCCAAGAAAAGCUGACAGACUUUUUGCCAAAACUGCUUGAUUGUUCUAUGGAGAUUAAGAGUUUCCACGAGCCACCGAAGUUACCUUCGUAUUCCACGCAUGAACUCUGUGAGCGAUUUGCCCGGAUCAUGUUGUCCCUCAGUCGAACUCCUGCUGAUGGAAGAUAAACUGCACACUUUCCCUAAACACACUGUAUAAACUCUUGUUAGUUCUUAACCCUUGCCUUUCUGUCACAGGGUUUGCUUGUUGCUGCUAUAGUUUUUAACUUUUUUUAUUUUAAUAACUGCAAAAGACAAAAUGACUAUACAGACUUUAGUCAGACUGCAAACAAUAAAGCUGAGAAUCGCAUGGCGCUCAGGCUUUGUUUUAACCAGAACUGAUGUAUAAUCACAAAUCUAAUUGAUUUUAUUAUGGCAAAACUAUGCUUUUGCCACCGUCCUGUUACAGUAUUACAUUGCUUUUAUCUUUUCUUUCUCAACAGCUUUCCAUUCAGUCUGGAUCCUUCCAUGACUACAGCCAUUUAAGUGUUCAGCACUGUGUACGAUACAUAAUAUUUGGUAGCUUGUAAAUGAAAUAAAGAAUAAAGUUUUAUUUAUGGCUA